AUGGCGGCUAAUCCACCUCCCGUUGAAAGACUUUUAGGUGAUUAUGGAGGAGCAAAUGCACCACUUGGCCGGAUGACAAUAGUUAAUCAACCGGUCAAUGUCGACCACUUUAAGUUGCAUCCCUCAACUAUCAGAAAACUCGAAAGAAGACCUUUCUCUGGAAAAAUCAAUGAAGAUGCAAAUAAGCAUCUACAAAGAUUUCUGACCAUGACUACGUCCCUAAAAAUUGAGGGGCAUUCUGAAGAAGCUAAAAAGUUAGUGAUGUUUCCAUUUACACUAUCAGAGGACGCUGAAGAGUGGUUCUACUCUUUACCUGCUGGGAGCAUUACUACUUGGCAACAAAUGGAGACCACAUUCCUCAACGAGUAUUUUCCCGCCUCUGUGUACAUCCGCAAGAGGUAUGACAUAGUUAAUUUUAAACAGAAGGAAGGGGAGUCACUCGGGGACGCUUAUAAAAGGUACAAAAGAUUGUUGGUUGCAUGUCCUACACACAAUAUGGAUACAACUGAACAAAUGCAAAAUUUCGUGAAUGGCCUGAGAAUCAAGACUAAGCAACUCAUCGACACAGCUGCCGGUGGCUCAACAAAUUUUACAACAGCCACUGGUACUAAGAAGAUUAUAGAAGCCAUUGCUGCAAAUGAACACUUGGAGUUAUAUGACCGUAGUGUAAGCCAACCAGAAGGAAUCAUCGAUCUGAAGUUGGCAAAUCAAGUGGUUAAGAUGAAGGAUCAAAUUAUAGUUGAAGUAGAAAGAAGACUGAAGAAGAUAGCCCUGGAUACUCAAACGGUUGCACAGGUUCAGCCAGUUCAACCGGUUCAAGCAGUAAAUUGCGAAAUUUGUGGGGGACCUCAUUUUGCGAUACAUUGUGUUACAACCGCACAGCAAGUAGAAGAGAUCAAUUUUCUGAAGCAAAAUAAUCCCUACUCAAAUACUUACUAUCCGGGAUGGAAAAAUCACCCAAAUUUCUCUUGGAAAGAUCAACAAGGGAAUGCUCAAAAACAAGGGACCAUACCAUACCAACCUCAGCAACAACAGUAUCGGCCACCACAGCAACAACCAUAUCAGCAACCAUAUCAACAACCUCCACAACAACAAUUCCAACAACAGGUACCCAAAAAAGCAGAUUGGGAAAUUGCAAUUGAAAAGAUGGCCGCCCAAAGUUCCCAAUUCCAAGAAGAGACUAGAAGUAACUUAAGGAAUACAGGUGCUUCUAUUAAAAAUCUCGAGAUCCAGAUGGGUCAAAUCGCGCAACAACUAGCCGGUUCUCAACCACAAAGUGCCUUGCCAAGUGCUACAGUUACCAAUCCAAGAGAUAAUAAUCAUGUUAAUGCUGUGACUACAAGAACCGGAAAAACAAAAGAAGUACCCGAGUCUGAAGAAGAAGAACAAUUGAUUGAAGUUGAUUUGGAGAUAAAAGAAACCGACCUUGCAAGUGAAGAAGUUGUUGUACCCGAAAGAUUAGUUGCAGAGAAGGCCCAUAAUCCUAAACCAGCGGUUAAGCUUCCUUUCCCCACAAGGAACAAGAAGAAGGUUCAGCAUGAGAAGAAUUUCCAAAAAUUCCUAGAAAUAUUCAAAAAGCUCGAAAUCAAUAUCCCUCUCUUGGAGGGUAUGAAGAUUCCAGUGAAAAAGAAAGAUCGAGGUUCCGUGACUAUUCCGUGUACCAUUGGAGAUAGGUCAUUCAAGAAAGCUCUUAUUGAUUUGGAAGCCAGUGUGAGUCUCAUGCCAUUGUCCAUUUAUAAGAGAUUGGGGAUAGGGAAUGUGCAAGAUACAAGGAUGACACUCCAAUUUGCUGACCAUUCUGUUAAGAGACCCUACGGGAUAGUAGAAGAUGUACUAGUAAAGAUCGACAAGUUUGUGUUCCCGGUAGAUUUUGUCAUUUUAGAGAUGCCGGAAGAUGAAGAGAUACCAAUCAUCUUGGGGAGACCAUUUUUAGAGACCGGGAGAUGCUUGAUCGACAUAGAGGAAGGUACAAUGACCUUGAAGUACAAGGAUGAUGUGGCCACGAGUCAACAUAUUGAGGUGAUUGAUGAAGUAAGUGAAAAUGAAAAUUCUUUUACAACACUUAAAUUACAUUUGGAAAGAGUGUUGAGUUUAUCAAUUUUUGACAAAGAUGAAGUGGUUAAUGAAGAGGAUACGAAAGUAGUAGCCAUGAUGGAAGCUUUGCCACCUUUUAAGGGUUAUCGACACAACCGGUGGGAAGACCUUAGGCAACCUUUAGUGGAGGAGGAGAAAGAUGAACAAAAGAAAGGGGCUGAACUAAAACAAUUACCGGAGAACCUCAAAUAUGUCUUCUUAGACACUGAGAGUAAGUUCCCGGCCAUCAUAAGUUCCACCCUUGAAUUCCUUCAAGAAGAUAAGCUUGUCAAAGUUCUUAAAAAGCAUAAGAGUGCUCUCGGAUGGUCCAUUGAAGAUUUGAAAGGCAUAAGUCCAACAAUUUGCAUGCACAAAAUCCUUAUGGAAGACGAUCACAAACCGGUUGUCCAACCUCAAUGA